ACUUUAUUCCCGGUCUAAGUGUGGGACUCUCCAAAAUGGAAAUUUAUUUAAAAUUGUUAAUUUUUGUAAUCUCGAGUAGUUUGGGCUUCAGUUAUAUUAUUGAGGGCGAUGAACCUGGGAACAACUUAUUAUGGCCAACGGAAUACUACUUCAAAUCUGAGACAAUGAACCUUAAAACUGGCGUUGUAGAGCCCUGUGAAGUUUGGUAUAGUGCUGAAAAGAACAGGUCCCGCAUAGACUAUUACGAAGGGAUGGUGAAGCGUUACUUCUAUGGUGAAACCGAAGAGGACUCGGCAAAAAUAUACCAGAUUAAUCCUGUCACUAAUGAUCGUGUGACGAAUAAGAUGGUAUGUCUCAAAUAUGGUGGUGAUGAGUUAGAGGAUUUCUUACCGACUGUCGACGACUUUACGUACCAAGGCGAAAAAAUUUUUGAUGGUAAAACAGUACAAGUAUGGAAAAGUGAGACGAAUGACGAUGAAAUGAUGUACAAAAUUGAGAAGGUCCUGUACGCGUAUAGAGAUGGAGACACUGACGCUCCAGUCAAAUUGGAGGAGAUAAAGUACAAAUUGUGGAACAACGGGAUGGCGGGUCACACCGUCACCAACUUCUAUGUCUUCAAAACCAUCAUUAAAUCAGAAGACCUGGACGUCGAGAAAUUGGAUGAAUGCGAUGAAGUGGGGCAACUGGGUGACAACUUAAGAACUGAUCUGCAAAUCUUGCAUCCUGCCUCUUCAAGAGAUGUUGAUAAAGCUUUCAAUAGUUUCAAGAAACAUUACAAUAAGAAGCACGGCAAACACGAACAUGAAAUGAGGAAAGCGAUCUUUGAGGAAAACUGGAGGCGAAUCGUUGACCAUAAUAAAAAGAAUCUUGGUUACAAGUUAGAGGUAAACACGUUUGCUGAUCGGACAGAUGAAGAAUUGGCUUACCUUACGGGAACCAGGUCGUCUGGGCCUGAAGCUGUGGGUACCGUACCCUUCCCUCAUUCGGAAGAGGAGCUGAAGGCAAUGGAAGAAGAAAUACCCCAGAUCUACGAUAUGAGACAUGAUGGUGUGAUCUCAGCUGUUAAGAAUCAAGGUCAAUGCGGCUCAUGCUGGGCUUUCUCUUCCACCGCUGCAGUGGAAGGGGCCCUCGCCAGAAGCAACGGCGGCCGGAACAUCGACCUCAGCGAGCAGUCCCUGGUGGACUGUGCUUGGGAUCAUAAUUUGGGAUGCAAUGGUGGAUUAUUGGACCAAGCGUUCAAAUACAUCACCAUGAAUGGCAUUCCUUCUCAGAGGGAAUAUGGACCGUAUUUACAACAGGACGGUUACUGCAAGUUAGAGAAUAUGACACAGGUGUACACUAUCAAAGGCUUCGCUCGAGUCCCUUCGUUGAGUGAGACUGCUCUCAAAGUAGCACUCUUAAAGUACGGCCCUGUCACUGUCGGCAUAUACGCUGGGACGAACAUGAAAUUUUACUCUAGUGGCAUAUUCUAUGAUAUAGAUUGCUCAAAAAGUAUGCUCAACCACGGUGUCACGGUGGUUGGAUACGGCGUGCGUGAUGGUACUAACUACUGGAUUGUUAAGAACUCCUGGGGUGAAGACUGGGGUGAAGAUGGCUACAUCCUCAUGUCCGCAGUCAACGACAACUGUAAUGUUAUGUCCGAAGCGUACUAUCCGAUUGUUUGAAUGACGAUAAUUAAUUUACUUUGUUUAACCUUGUAUAAAUAAACUCCACGGUGCAAUUUG